GGUCCGGCUCAUUCUCGAUUCGACCGUUUUACCGAUUGCAGGGCCAGUGCUCUCACAAUGCGUUCUCUGACGGUGACGCUACUUGGUGUGGUGACGUUGCUCGGCUGCACAACGAACAUCCUAGCGGACGAGCUUAGCCUUGACGAUCUAAUCAACCAAGUGUUUACGACCGCUUCGUCGGGUAAGGAUGUGGCACCGGCGACACCGGCUCCACCACCGGUACCACCAGCACCACCCGUAGGCCAAAAGGGUGGACCAUGCGAGGGUGAAGCCGUUUGUAUCCAGAAGUAUCUUUGCUCGAACGCCAGCACCUCGGGCGAGGGAUUAAUCGAUAUUCGCUUCUCGGAUGAUAACCCGUGUGUGGAUUAUCUGUUGCAGUGCUGCUUCCCGGAAGACAUCAUUCAAGCACCGGGUGGCAAUGAUGGUGGCCAUGGUGGUAAUGGUGGCAAUACUGGCAAUACUGGCAAUACUGGCGGCGGUGGUGGUGGUGGUGGCACCGUUCCACCUGUACCCACCCCGCCCACCACGGUAGUGCACAACGCUGGAUGCGGAAAGCGUAACACCGAGGGUAUCGGCUUCCGGAUUACUGGUGCCAAGGAUAGCGAAUCCGAGUAUGGUGAGUUCCCGUGGAUGAUGGCCAUCCUGAAGACGGAGGAGGUGCUGGGACAGCGGCGCGAGAACGUGUACCAGUGCGGUGGCUCGUUGAUCCACAACCAAGUCGUCCUGACCGCGGCGCACUGCGUCAAUAACAAGCAGGCGUCCGAGCUGAAGGUGCGCGCUGGUGAAUGGGAUACGCAGACGAAGAACGAAAUUUACCCACAUCAGGAUCGUUCGGUCGUGGAGGUCGUCGUCCAUCCCGAAUACUACAAGGGCGGUCUGCACAACGAUGUGGCGCUACUGUUCCUUGACUCUCCGUUCCAGCCAAACGAAGGCAUCCAACCGGUGUGCCUGCCACCGCAGGAUGCUAAGUUCGAUCAUCAGACAUGCUUCGCCUCCGGUUGGGGCAAGGAUGUGUACGGUAAGGCCGGUACGUACCAGGUCAUCCUGAAGAAGAUCGAUCUUCCGGUCGUACCGAACGACCAGUGCCAGUCAGCGCUCCGUACGACGCGACUCGGUGCCAAGUUUACGCUACACAAGAGCUUCAUCUGCGCCGGUGGUGUACCGGGCAAGGAUACGUGCAAGGGUGACGGUGGUUCGCCUCUGGUCUGCCCGAUUCCUAACAAGCAGCAUCAGUACUACCAGACCGGAGUGGUCGCGUGGGGCAUCGGAUGCGGUGAGAAUGGUAUCCCAGGUGUCUACGGUAACGUAGCCAAGUUCCGCAACUGGAUCGAUCAGCAUAUGGUCCAGCGCAACUUCGGUACCAGCAGCUAUACCUCAUAGGAAGCCACCAUUCUCGCUUCCCGCUUCAGCGGAACACCGUUAAAUGAUUCUUUUCAACACAAAUACAUUAGACCACUAAUCAAAUAACA